CGAUAUGCACUGUGUAUCAGGUGUUGCAGUGAAACUGAGUGUGUCAGGUAGUCCCAUUCCCUUGUGAAUGCUACUCACCGUGGGUCGGCAGGUUGCCCCAUCGUGAGACACAUAUUAUUGCACGUCUCUCAUUCAACUAUGGGCCCAGGGUGUUGCGCUAGUGCCACUGGUCUCUGGAGUGGGCCGGCGCUGGUCGGACCGAAGUCGAUCACUAGACAGUGACACAUCAAUUCAGUAGACGGAGAUUGCCACUCCCUGCAAAUUUAUCACCCCUUUCGACCGUCGCGGUGAGAAGUCUAGUCUGUCGUAGAGGAGGAGCGGAAUGUGGCAGCUGGCCCUGUCUGGCCAGCUGGUGAAUGCGAGAAUGGGACAUGCUACUCGCCUCCUAUCGACCCUCAUCCCAUGUAUUCAAUGUGCCUCUCCACCUGACAGUUAUGAGUGUCCAGAGCCCAGUCCAGGAGUCUGCCCAACUGUCGAAACCUGCUCCAACACCAGCAAUGAUGGAGGGUCUCUGGUGGUGGCAGUGGGUGCUCUCUCUGCUGCACUAGCAGCUCUCCUCAUCUGUUACCUCUCCACACUCUUCUACUGUCUCAGAGCCAACAGGAGAGUGUCCCGGAAGGAGAAGAGGUGGAGGGAGGCGGAGAGACAGAGACUCAUGGCUGACAGGGACAGUGUGGGGACUGCUGGCUCUGUCAGUAGAGCCAGUGCUGUGGGUGACAGGAGGAGGUGGAGGAAGUAUGGAGAGUCCUCCACUCUAAUGACGUUUGUUCCGGAUGAAGAAGGCAUGGGAGGGGGCAGUGGUAGGCAGGAGAGCAGCUGGCUAGAGGCUGUGGAGCUAACUCACUCCUCACACGUUCACUCUGGCUCUGGGGUAGGCCUGGUGCGUGGUGUGGGGGGCCGGGGUGAGGUACUCCAGAACCCACUGUACACCGAGGAGGACGACGACGAGGAAGAAGGAGAAGGACGAGAAGGAGAUGGGGUGGAGAUGUUGGCCAUGUUGUCUGACAUGCAGGCCCUCCCUCCUCCCUCCCCCACUCACUCCUCCGACCUUUAACCUUUUCCAUCCAGCCACCCAUGAAGUAAACACUGAAUACAUUUUAUUUUACAACAGUUUUAAGACCUGCAUUUUAGGUCAGUUGCAUUAUUAUACAAAUUUGAGAGUAAGGGAAAAGUAAUUUGAAGGAAACGGAGAG